GUGUCUGGUGUGGAGGAUCUGUCGUACAAAGCCAAUCCCUACACACUUUAUGCCCCGCUGUGGCACAGCUCCCUGGGGGUCACAGGCAUGUGCCAGUACACUCCCAGCCAGGAUGAGUGUGAACACCACAACAACAAAGACGGCAAGCUUCAAUACAGCCAUGCCUUUCUUCUGCAGCUGCGUCUCUGCCAAGCUGCGUGUGUGAGGCCUGCUGACCUGAUAUUCAUUCCUGACGUGACUGACAAUACCCCAGUUAACUCUGAGAUGAACUUCCCUCACGCACCAAGCAUGGGUCCCACCAUCUGCCACGGGCUGGGCCUGAGCUCCGUCUACCAGCACGUCCUCCCAGGUUUGGGCCAACCAGAGGUCACCACCCUGCACUCUGAAGCAGGCGCCACAGUCGACUACAUCUUCUACACCCCCAGACGGGACCCUCCAUCAGGCGAUCCAAAAGGUUUUGGAUCGCUUCUCGGCGGAAGCCUUGAGCUGACUGGCUAUCUCUCCCUUCUCUCUGAGGCGGACCUGUGGUCCAUGGCAGGCCUGCCCAAUCAGCAUUUCCCCUCGGACCAUCUCAGCCUCUUGGCCAGAUUCAAGGCCUGGUAGUAAUGCUGGCACCACAGCAGGAGGAAGCAUGCUGGAGGGAAUAUGGUUCAAAUAUAUUGUUUUGCUUCAAAGGACCUAGAGGGGUAUACCUCUCCUUCUCUUGCAGAUGUUUUAUUUUUUUAAUAAUGUUUUCUAGUUUUCUACAAGUUCAUACUAUUGCAUGAUUUAAUUUCUGAGUCCUUGAUUUAUUUGCUUUAAGUUCCCCCAGUUUAUAUGGUUAUACAUAUAUAUUAAAAAAACCAUUAUUCAUUUCGUUUUUUGGGGGAAUUCAUACGGUUUUCUUUCAUUAAUGUUAAUUCACUACUUAGAUGCAAGCAAAUGUAAAUUGUAUCAAAGGAAAAAAUAAAGUGUUUGCAUGUAUCUGCUACCAUUCAA